AUGGCCCCGAUUGAUGAAGCGCUUGAGUUUCUGAAGCUGUGUGACACUGUUAACUAUGCCAAGACUGCGCCUUUCAUCACGUGGAUUCCGCCUACGCUGCCGAUGAUCAAAAGUUUUGCCCAGGAUAUCGCCAAAAUUGAGGUCGGAAAGGACUGGCCGUAUAGCUUCGUCCGACGUAACAGCGAUGAGCUCGGUUGCACUUGGUUCGACGGUUUUGAUAUCGCAAGAAAGAGAGCAGACAAUGCUUCUAGAUACAGAGCCUACUAUGAGCUUAUUGGCGAGAAAAUCGAGAAAUACGACAUCCUGCCUUGCAACACGUAUAAUGUGGACGAAAAGGGCUUUCUCCUCGGCGUCAUCAAUCGUACCAAGAGAGAUGGCAACAGAUCAUGGAUCACGUUCCUGGCAUGUGUCUGUCAAGACCUGACCGCGCUACCCCCGUUUCUCAUCUACCAAGGCAAGCCAGGGCAAGUUCAGGACUCCUGGCUCACGGAGUUUGAUCCGGAGCACCAAGCGGCGUUUUUCACAACCUCAGAAACGGGUUGGACGAACCAUGAACUUGGAAAGGAAUGGCUCAUUGGUGUUUUCGACCGGUUCACGAAAGAAAAGGCGCGAAACGGCCGGGAUUACCGCCUCCUGAUUACCGACGGACACUCUAGUCAUGUCAAUAUGGACUUCCUGGAGUGGUGUGACCAGCAUCGGAUAAUCGUUGCCGUGUUUCCGCCGCAUUCCACGCACAGGCUGCAGCCCCUUGAUGUGUCCCUUUGGCCCUCUUCGACCGCAUACACCAACCAGCUCAUCCAGUGGACUGCAAAGACACAGGGACUCAUCGGGCUAUCGAAACGCGAGUUCUGGUCGUUAUUUUGGAACGCAUUCGGGUCAUCUUUCUCGGCGGAGAACAUCGCAAGUGGUUGGAAACGGACCGGACUCCUCCCAUUUGACCCUGAAGUCGUUUUGUCGCAGAUCGCGGAGAAAACAGAAGAUGAGUCUGAGUCUGGCGACAGCUCCGUUGACUCGCUCGCCCUGCAGCAGCCCACUGCUCGGGAUUUGCGCCGACUUGUCGACAAGGUAGUCGAUGGAUCCUCAAAAAACGCUAGCCGAGACAGUCGGAAGCUCAAAGUACUCUCGAAAGUCUCCAAUCUCAGAACGAAUUGCUUCGAUAUGAGAAUCAGGGACUUCGGAGACUAUCUUUCACGAAAAGCAGCGCAGAAUGCGCGGUAA